AUGCCUGAGGUGGUUGAUGAAUACGCCUCGAAUGUACGAAAAUUGCAACUUAUGGGCUUUGGAAAUGAUUUACAAAUAAAGGAGGCCUUAUCAUCUUGUGAAAAUGACAUUGAUUCUGCAAUUACCUUUCUAGUCAACUUUCUUACGUCAGGCGCUGUUCUUCAGUGGGAUGCGGAGACCCUUGAAGGAGUCCAUAAUAUGUUGGAAUUAGUUAUCCAACUGGCUAUCGAAUGUCUGAUUGUUGGAAAGAGUUUUGUGUCCCACGGUCAACAAUCUUCUCAAAAAUCUGACUAUCAGAACCUUAUGGUUUUGGCCUUUUCUUAUUUGGAAGCAACCUUCAACCCAGAAUGCAGCUACCACCAACGCUGUCGUGAUAGAACCACAAACACUGGGACAUAUGUUGAUCAAUUUAAUAACUGGGGUCCGACGAAGGAUAGUGGAGGUGAGAGACGCGUAUUUGCGGAGACCCUGCCGGCACCAAAGAAUUUCUAUCUUGUUAAUUUGCUCAACUGCUUCGGAGCACACGGGGGGUUUGAUCUGAUCCUCUGGUACGGCACACGUCAGCAUUUACCUCUCAAGAUGAUGCAAUCAGUACUAGGACCUCUGGCCAACGUGGCAGAAUACCUAACACUGGAGGCGAUGUGUCGAUACUCCAGCUGGCUGAUGAUCCGCACCUUGUGGCUCAUCCACAAUCUUACCUCAGAAGACUUUAAUCCACAGAAGUCACGAGUGUUCGAUCUCAUCACCUCCCUCCGGGUACUCUGUUAUCGCUCCGCCGCACUGUCAAACAGCACAGACAGCAGCAAUGAAGUGAAUAUAGCUGUUUCCUUUACCCUCGCGGAAUUCUCCCAUCCCCGCCAGCCCGACUGGGACGCCUUGAUGAAACAGUGUCCUUCUCUUCCUCCAACAACAUCUGUCUUCUCUGUAGCACAUGUGGACGAGCGCCAUUUGGCUAUACUGCUCUCCUCCCUUUGCCCACCUGCCGGCGUUUCCAGCUCCUUCAAGGUGCGAAUACUCGCCACUCGCCAUCUCAUUGAUCAGCUCUCCGCCGUUCAACAGGUGCGCUCAAGCAGCGCUGCGUCCAAAUCAGGUCUCGCUGCCUCCGGCGCCUCUCCUGUGGUCACUUCAACGUCCAUCUUGGCGGCGGAGAACCAGGCCUUUCUGCGCCGACGUAGGCUGCAUCGACUCAUUCGAUACGAUGUGCUGAUGACGUGGAUUGGGGAAAAGGCAGUCGUUCGGUCAAUAAUGACCAACCUGGAUAAUGUGACCUACGUGGCAACGCUGUGCGAUUUGUUUCGUUGUCUUGGAGACCACAUUACAAUGGAAGACAUCUCGGCCUUGUGGAAGUGUCAGGAGACCCAGAGCAACGAAGGCAUCAACAACAUCCUCAAGCUACUCUCUGAGGUUGGAGCAAAUGGCUUCAAUCAGGCGCAGUUCGAGCAUGUCCUCCAACUGGUUAGAGAUAGCUGGAGUGCCCUAGAUCUACAAGCAUGCAUUCAGUUCAGUCGAUCCUCGGGGUCCAACAAGAUGAGCAUGAAGCAUCGGUACCGCCACAAACUCUCCAUCACCACCACCACUACAUCAGUCAGACAGCCCACCACGGAGCCGUCCACCAUCCGUAACGCGCGCGCCCGACUUCUCAAUUUCGUUGCUACUACUGCCAUCACUUCGCGUGAGGUCUGGGUAUCUGAUCUCUGUCUUCAACUUCUUUGGCAACUCUCCCAUGGUCUGCAUCCCAAGUCACCCGAGCACGCCAAAUCGAAUUCUGUGGCCGGAGAGGAAAAGGGAAAGGCGACCUUUGGACGGUUUGAACGACUCGUCAGCGCCUUGAGUAGCAGCAGCGGGAGUGGAAAUGGAGGUGCCAGUCAUAAUAGUGUAGACGAGGGAGUCUCAAUCCAUCAUCCCUGUUUACCAAAUCCCGAGCAUACCGAAGCGGCGAUAGCGCAGCUGCUGAUUGUCCUCCGGGAGUGCCGAUUGCCUGCAAACGAGCAGCGCCAUCGGCUCAACACGUGGUUGUCUGUUGCUGCUGAGGAACUGAAAAGGGGAAAAUCGACUUAUUACGUGCUGGACUUCCUGCAGACCAUACUGGAUCUAAUAUGCAAACCCCUGCCCGGCCGUAGCAAGAAGUUGAUUGAAACACAAUCCCGUAUGACUGAGGUGUUCAAAUUUCCCACCUCCGUUCCUAUGACCGCAAUGUUUUGUUCUCCAUUAAAGGACACAUUGCGAGAACUCAACAAGACUUACUCUCUCAUCGACACCGUUUGCAAUUCGUUACAUCGUCUGCAAAAACAAGCUGCCACCUCGAAACAUUUAGUCGUCUCCUCCUCUCCUGCAAAAUCUACCGACCAUGAACGCGACAAAAGCAUUCGACACAGCGAUCUGAUCAAACGGCACUUGGAUGUGCUUCAUUACCUUCUGAGCACAGCUGACCUUCACUUAUCUGGGGAUCGGACUCAGGACAUUUGGGACACCCUUGUGAAUGACUAUGGCGUUGUUCUCUUUAGCGUUGAGGAGACACUUCUCUGGUUCGCCUCUGCCUUGGAUCUGCUUGAAACUGACGCUCAAAAUAACCUUUUUACCAAAAAUAUUCUCAAACUUCCACCAUCCAUCAUUCAGACCUUCAAGGUCGGGCUAAUUGUUAAGGCAGUGACUUACGGAAAGUCCAUUUCCCCUAAGACUGUUGAGAGAAUGGACUUGAUCGGGGUGGACUUUUUGUGGGAUCUCUACACCUCCCUACCCACAACACCGAAUGCGACAGAUCAUGGAGCAAGCAAUGUUUCUUCCCUACUUGCUGGCGGUAAAAUUCUCCCACCAGCAGAUGGUAAAGGCGAUUUGGGCAACUCAAGUGAGGAGCCCUUAGAGGUGCAGAUCUUCAACUGUCGCCAGGCCAUCCACAAGGCACGCAAACUGCUUCUACUCAUCUCGUGGUCUCAACUGUCAAGCAAGUUGAAGAAAGAUCCUGAAAGCUGCCACAAGCGCUUUUUUGACUAUUGUCGGAAACGCAUUGAGAUCAACCUCUCAGCCUCCACUUCCAGCUGGUCACACUCAAGCCGAGCACAGACGGAGAGUCGGCAGGUGGCGGUGGAACGGACGUUACAGCCCAACCUGCGCUCACUGCUGGCCGACACGGGCCAAUUCCUCGCCUCCCUCCUCGUCGGUCCUAAAGCAGCCGCCUCGGCGCGCAGUCGUCUCAACAAGUCCUCGCGUCUUGCCCUCUAUCGUCUCCUUUACAUCGUCUUCUCCUACAUUGAGAACGCCGAGGAUGAAUUGAUUGGUGCCCAUGAGCCACCAAGUUGCUGGAAGCCGCACUACAUGUCGUUUCGUGGAUGGGAGCUGCGAAUUCCCCUUCGUGUGCUCAAUCCCUCUGGUCAAUUGCUCAUCUCCUCGACCCUCCCACUGACUGCACGCUGUCAUACAACCUCCUUCAGUCUCUGUCUGAGCGAUGCUACUGUCGAUUACCUUAGAAACCCCAUCCUCGUUGUCCACUCUAAUGCCACUCUGGCCUCAGUGCGUAAACUCGUCGCACUCAUCAUCCCUGUAUGUCUCUAUGCCCUCGCUAACACCACUACACAAUUCGCCUUCGGGUCUGAGAUCCUCUCCCUCGACUCAAUCAAACCUCCCGGCGUCAGCGGUCUGCACGAACUGACUAAUCGUAAUCGACAAGCACCUUUAUCCGAUCCUAAGAGUGAAACACCCCUUGGGCACAAACUGGACCGCGAGGCAAUUGGAGAGCUGGGCUUUCAAACAGGACGGACACUGGUGAUUAGAUUACGGUCGCACUCAGAACUGCAAGGAUUGGGAAGCGAUAUAAAUGGUGCCAGCUCUUUCAGCAUUGCUGACGGCACGCACAGCUCCAUUCUUCGACGCUCCUCAGGGCUAUCAAUUAAAUCGAGCGGCAGUGGGAAGUUGCAUCUGCCUGCAUUACCCAACGUGGCCUCUUCAGUGUCCACUUCAUCGUUUCUGCCAAAAGUGGCAUCGUUUCUCCAUUCAGAGAAGCUGAUUCCGCCAAUGACGUCGGCUACUGCCAAUGCUGGUGAUCUCGGAUGUCUGCAGUCACCGUUCACACUGCCUAGUCUGAUGCUCGCCUCAAGCAGAUCUGUGUAUGAGUCAGUGUUUGAACUGGCAGAGAAUGAUCUGGUGGAAAAUGGAACAACCCAGAGCAAACCAAAUUUGCUUCAUAUGAUCAGGCUCCUACUCUACUGCCUCCCCACAUACCAUCCCCCCAACAGAUUACACGUAUCGGAGAGAUCAGGUAAAGGAGCCUCCAAGUCGGUCUCGAAUGCAUUUGCCGCGUCGAUGGUGUGCACUCCGGAAAAUUUGGUUAAGGCACCACAAUUUCGCUUACUCUAUCUUCUUCAGUUUCUCAGCGGCCAACUAGUGGCACCCGAGUCCUCGGCAUGGUGGGAGUGUGCGUGGGACCCCUCGUCAGCGAUAGUAUCGGCUAAGGUGACGGAGCCCCAGCGAGUAAUUUUGCCCUUAGAGGCGCUGCCCGCACACCGCCUAACGCCAUCGGAGACGGAGGAGGCAACAUCGCCCCGCAAUACUCGCGCUGUCACUCCCUCCACCACCUCUGCCGCAGUUGCUGCGCCUGCCUCUGUGACCCUCAUCUCCUCUGAGACCUGCCUCCACAUCCCUUUGACACGUUCGUUGACCGACGCUAGCGUCCCAACAUCAUGUCCACCCUCUCCUGAGAUGAUUAAAGGACCAAAAAAACGACGAAUUGGUAGUCAUUGUAAGACCACCAAAUGGAUUAUUGGUGGUGGAAAUGGUGGAGGAAAGGCGAAGGAUCGUAAUUCCGAGAGCUCAGUAUCACUGAGCAAGACGCAUGAGAAGAGCGAUUGGUUGGAGCCUCUAGUGAUAGUGCUUCGAAAGCAAUUGAUUGAGGGGACAGUGAAACCAGCGGAACCAGGAGGCAAUCUAAUGGCGGGCAUGUUCGUGCGAAUCGUGGCACCCAACGAGGCCACUGGUCCCGCCUCUACAGCUGCCGACGCUUCACGCUCCGACGCAUGGAUCUCCCGCGAGAUCAAGCACUGUGCGCUGCAGAUCCUCGCCACCCUCCUUAAUCCCUCCUCCUUCAGUUCAACAGACGAUUGUGGAUGUACCACGAUCAAACAUCUGAAAGACGCAAUCUGA